ACACACACACAUACGGCUUACUGGAGAGGCGGGGCCGCCGCUUUUCGGCCGCCUCCCCAUUGGAGCGCACAAAGCCGGGCGGCACCAUUUAACACUACCACCUCCACCUCCUCCUCCACCACCACCACCACCACGCGCACCGUCACGCACACGAAGCGCCGGGGAGUCGACACGCAGGAACCACACUGGAGUUGGCCUUCUCCGGCCUGCCGCUCCCCCGCCUGCAUCCAGAUCGGGCCCGGACCGAGAUUGUUGUCAGGAGUCCACACUUGCCCAGGGUGUGUCCAAAUGCAGUAAAAAAUUACACCAAGAAGCUCUGAUCCGGUGCCGGCAUUCUGAAGAGUUGUUCCGGGCCUAGCACUGCAUCCUUCCACGCUGGAAGUACCAAAUUCUGUUCUGGAGGAGUUGCUGGGCAUACAGAUGGCAGACGAUCCUAAUCAAAACUUCGGGCAGUUUUCACAGCCAUUCUGCAGCCAGAAUGUGGUUUCAUUUCAGACGAGCGUGAUGCCUAGCGGAUCGGGAGGCAGCAUGCCGGUGUACCUAGACUGCUCCAGUAGCAUGGAGUCUAACAUGGGGAUGAUGAACACCACACCUUCAAUAGCUGUCUCCACAAGUUCAUCAAAUAUGGUUGCUGAUUCUGCGCAGAACCUCAAAUAUGGAGGACCCCUGGCUGAAACCUGGUCGCGUCUCGAGCUCGAAGUGCUGAAAGAUUGCCUAGAUAGAUAUGUGAAUGAACAUGGUAUCAUGAAGUACAUAAAGAUAGCCGCUUCCCUACCAACCAAGACUGUGAGGGAUGUUGCGAUGAGAUGCCAAUGGAUGGGGACCAAACAAUCUACAAGAAGGCGGAGGUCUGCAGAACAUCAUAGCAGAAAAAUGAAAGAUAGGAAGGAUAAAAUGGUUGGGCCUUCAUCCUGGGGUACCCCUCAUCCUGUUCAGUCGGAUACAGGAGUCUCUCCCUUUGUGCCGCAUCAUGCCAUUCAAAACAGUCAAUAUGUAUCUGGAGCUUCUGAGAUAGAUCGUAUAGUGCAGCUUGUACUGGAAGAAAAUAAUCAGCUUCUUGCUCUGAUAGACACAAAUAUUCAAACAUUUCAGGCUCAUAAUAACCCCGUUCUCUUCAGUCGCGUGAAAAGGAACAUUGAUAGCCUUUUACAAACCAUCAGCCAAAUGUCGGGAAAAAUGAGUGAGAUGCCUCCGUUGGGAGUUGCGGUGAAUGAAAACCUUGCUAGUUACUUGCUCCCAGAUCUUACAAUGGCACAAGUUCUUGGAAAAAGCCAUUUGAAGGAGGAGCCAAGAGGAUGGUGAGUCACAGCCAAAGCAGGUGACAGAUGAGGCAGAUGCUGAAACUUCAUCGGCAGUUCGACGAAUUAUAGGAAGAUAAAUACUGCUUCAGCAUGUACGCCAGAUGGCGACGAAUAGAGUCACCAAGGAACCUUGUUUCCUCUAUCUGGAAGCAAAGGAGAGGUGAGUGGUGACUGAGGAAUCACUCUGCAUUGCACUGCGACAAGCCUGUAUAUUGGUGGCUGAACAUUGAUCGAGCAGUGAUGGUUUCAGGAAACUGCAGUUUUUCUCGUCCUGCUGCUGCACCUGCAAAUGUUGACUCUAUUUUUUUGGGUUUCUCCUCCAGAGAGUAGAGUAAAUAGAAGAUGUAGCACAAGAAACUAAUAAGAACUAGCUACAUAGCAAAAGAAAUGCCUUUUUGCCGGUCA